CCUGUCCAUCCCCUCACAGCUGCCCCUGUCACUCUGCCCUGUCCCACCCUCUCUAUCAAGCACAGCAGAUAUGGCAUCUCAGAGGGUGACUCUUCUCACAGUUGCACUCUGGCUGUGUCUCCCAGUGUGUCUCUGUGAUCAGAACGUGGUGGCGUCUGUGGGAACACUUUUUGUGCAUGAUCUGGACACUAAGCAAUUCCAGGAAAGGUUUCCCUCAACUCAGAAUAAUUAUGAUAUUAAUCGCAUUGACCCUAUCACCUUUCGGGCGAAUUUAGAAGGAUUCCCGGACCUGCCAGGAUGGCUACGUUACACUCAGCGCACUCCCUGGCACAUGGCUUAUCUCUACGGAUGCCCGACAGAGCCUGGCAGACAGGUUAUAGAGGUGACUGCCUACAAUAGAUACACUUUUGAGACUGUGAGGGAGAGGAUCAUCUUUAAUAUUCGUCUUGGAACAGAUUUCCAGACACCAUAUCAAGCUGAACUCCUGAUCCGGGAUUGGGACGUUGAAGAGCUUUUACCCUCCAAAACUCAGUUUGAUGUCAAGGCACCUCUUCAGGACGAGUGGGGUUCCCAGAGACUGACUGUCAUUAACAUCUCAUCAGCUCUGGAUAAAGGGGGCCGAGUGCCGCUUCCACUGCCGGGGCGUAAAGAAGGGGUGUACAUUAAGGUGGGCUCGGAUGUCCCAUUUCCACAGUGUCUGCUGGAUUCCCAGAGCCCUCGGACCAGACAAUAUUGUAAGGAAGGACAGAGGCCACCCGUCCUAUGCAACAGUCGCCUGAGAGACUUUCAGAUAGAUUGGUGCAACAUCAGCCUGACUGAUGGCUCUGGAACACCGAUUCCUGUGCCUCCGGAACGGGGUUCCGGAAUUUUGAAGGGAGAAGGUGAAUUUAACCCCCCAUCAGAGACCCUGGAAGAAAAGAACUACCUCCCAGAUUACCUGCUCACCCUUCUGCUUCCCAGCUUACUGGCUCUGCUGCUGUUUGUGCUGCUCUGCUACAUCAUGUGCUGCCGCAGGGAAGGAGUGGAGAAGAGAGAUGAAGUCACUACAGACAUCCAGCUUGUUCAUCAUCAGACAGUCUUCAACAACACGGAAGAGCUGCGCCAAAUGGCCUCCAACAGGGAUGUUCCCAGGCCUCUCUCUACUCUGCCCAUGUUUAAUGUGCGCACUGGGCAAAGAGCGCCCCCCAUGCAGCUCUCAGAGGACAGCGCUCAUGUUCCCCUUAUCCUAUCACAGCAGUAAUCAGAAAGUCAGGAGACAUCGGCCAGGGGACAUGCGGUGCAGCCAGAGAUCCCUGCUUUUUAUAGGAUUGUUGGUUGUAAGGGCAAUAAGACCUCAUUGGAUGGAAGCCCUUAAUUUAGAUUCAGAUAUAUAGUAAAUGGCACAUUUUCCCCCAUUAAUAUUUUGUCUGCAAAGGAUUCUAUUAUUCUCGGUGUUCUUUGUAACACUGCCUCUUGUAUUUCCCUAUUGCUGUCUCUCUCUCUUCCAAUAUGAGUCUCUCAGACUCACUCUCCCUUCACUCCCCCCAUUCCUUUUUUGUUUCACCGUCAUGCCUUGUGCUCCUCAAACAUGACUCUCUCAGACUCCCUCUCCCUUCAGCCACUCACAAGCACUCUCCCUCACAAUCAUAUAGCACAACCCUCUCAUUCUACCUUCUCUCUUCCCAACAUAACUAUCUCAGACUCCACCACCCUUCAGCACUCUCCCCGUUAACCCAACAAAACCCUCUUGUUCCACCAUGUCUCUCCCCAACAUAACUCUCUCAGACUCACUCUCCCAUCAGCUUCUCACAAGCACUUUCCUCGUUAACUCAAACAAACCCCCCUUGUUCCACCAUGUCUCUCCCCAACACGACUCUCUCGCUCUCUCUCUCCUCCAUGUUCUCAGUACACCCCUAUUGCUCCACUGUCACUCACCCCUUCAUUCUCUCUCUGUGGUGCAUUGGCAGAUGACAUUUUCAAACCUUUGUUUUUCUCUUUAAUCUGCCCCUUUCUGUGCUUCCUAGUUCUUCUGCCAUUGCUGUCUCUUUAAGUUCCUCUCUGCAUCUCAUAUUCCUUCUAUCCCUUUUAAUCCUUAUAUUUUACUCUGCUCCACUCCCCCCCAUUCCCAGUCUCACUGGCUCACUCACCUUUCUCCUAGCCUCUGUUAAUCCCUCCUACGGCUUGGCCAAAGGUUUAAAAAUUACUUUAUUAUAAUAAAAUAAAUACAAGUUAGUUGUAUAUUAUAGUUACAUUAGGAUCUAGACAUGAAUCCCAAGCUCUUGCAGUACUACAACUCCCAGCUUACCUAGCCAGCAAGCAGACCCGGAUUUAUGGGGAGGCCACCAAGGCCCAGGCCUAGGGUGGCAGGUUUUUUGGGAGGCGACAUGCUGCCCCAACACACCCACAUUGAUUCAGAAACACUGGGGAUAUGAUAGCUUUUAAAACAUCCAGUUCACCAAUCCCCAUUGCUCCGGUCCUGAUGAUAAAAAUUGGACCAAAGAAAACAGAGGGGAUGGGGCGACAACGACCGUGGCCCUAAGGGUGCCCACUAUGUAAAUGCGGCCCUGCCAGCAAGUGAUUGCUAAUGAAUACAGACAUUUUAGCAAGUAUGAUACAAAUGAGGAGCAGUGUGAAAACACCAUGGCCAUGGAUAGACCUUAGACAUGUCUAGAGGCAAUCUGAUCCAAGCUGAUGUAUUUUGUCUAUUGGGAAGUGCCCCUGAGGGGCCCGAAUGCCAUUUUCCAAUGAUUUUAGCACAAAGCACCCCAGAAGGCUCCACCUAGUGGCAGAAUGGGCAAUAUGUAAAUCAAAAAAAAUGUUUAGUAUAAAGGUACAUAGAUAUGCUAACAAUGGGCACAAUAUCCAAUUAAAUACAAAAUAUUAAUCAAAAAAGAAGAAACAGUAGACACACUUUAUUGUAAUAGGGAAAUUGUUCUGGUUCUGCUGGUACUGGGUCUUAAGUUUCCCAAGGUGAAUUUCAAGCAUCCAAUAUUGUCUUUCUGAAAUGGUAACACCUUGUUCAGGGCUUUUAACCACCCAGUUGCCCUACAUGAAAAUAAAUGUAGGUCCCCUAAACCCUCAGGAGCUGAUCUGCAAACAUAGACACUGAGGGCCUGACUGGACCCUCUUUACUCCUGGGUCCCCAGUGGUCACAUGGUCCGCUUCCCCAUAUUGUUACAACCCUAUUAGCCCUGUAUAAGAUUAGUUUAUUAUAAUAAUAAUAAUAAUUUAUAAUAUAACAUUAGAAGGUAAAAAUCUAAUCAUCCCUGAGAUUGGGGCUCCCACAUCUCUAAUUUUGGCCAAGCUGAGGAUGCUGGGAUUUGUAGUAUCAGCUAAAGCCAUAGAAUGGUUAUCCUUGACCAACAGUUGGUUAAGAUUCAGUCUCAGUGUCCCCCGGCCCCCCACCUCAGUCUCCUUUCCUGUUUAUAUAAGGGCCCACUCUCCCCAGCACAAUACACACUCUGUUUUAUAUACAAAAAGCCCAUUUUGUUUGCAGUGUGAGAAAUCAGAAGGCGACAUAGUGAGUGUGUAAGCUCAUAUCCUGAAUGCAGCCACACGGAGCGUGGGGUCAGCAGACCCCUAUUCUUUUCAUCCUUCCCCAGCCAAAGGCAACAGCAGCUCCAGUGUGCCAAUAAACAUUUUAAA